AUAAAAUGUUUGAAAGCAGGAACUGCUGCACUUUGACUCUUAGAGAGAAGAGAGAGACGGCGAGAACAAUGACUUCAACACAUUCAGUGAACGAUUUGAGAAUCGUUCUUCUGGGGAAAACCGGAUCAGGAAAAAGUGCAGCAGGAAACACCAUCCUGGGCAAAAUGCUUUUGAAAGCGUCAACCUUGAGAUCAGCCAAUAUACUGUGUGAGAAACAGCAAGGAUUAGUUCAUGGAAGGACUGUCUCUAUAAUUGAGACUCCGGUGUUUAACACAGCUAUGAAUAAACAGCAGCUGAAGGAUGAAUUAGAAAAGUGUGUAGAGAUGUGCUCUCCUGGUCCUCAUGUGUUUCUGCUGGUGCUAAAGCUGGGUGUGAGAUUCACAAAAGAGGAGAGAGACGCAGUGAAAUGGAUACAGGAGAACUUUGGAGAAGAAGCUUUGCGUCGUACCUUCAUUCUGUUCACUCACGCUGAUCAGCUGAAAGGAAAACCUCUGGACGAGUACAUCCAUAAAAGCACCUAUUUACAGGAAAUCGUUGACAGCUAUGGAGGCAGAUAUUACUUAUUUGACAAUGAGAACAGAAAGAAUCAAGAUCAGGUCACAGAACUAUUGAAAAACCUGAGGAAAAAUAAUAAGAUGAAUUACUAUACUCUUGAGAUGUUUAAAUCAACUCAGGCAGGAAUUGCGAGGAAGGAGUGGAUAAAUAAGGUAAAAGUUGUAUGUAGCGUUGCAGUGCUGCUUCUCGGCAUCGUUUGUGCAUUUCUGCUGCUACAGGAGAAGAUGUCUUUGCAGCUGUCAGAGAUUUCAGAGAUGCAGGAGAAAACAGCACCGCAGCUGCUGGAGAUUUCGCAGGUGCAAGAGAAUUCGUCGUCGCAUCUGACAGAAAUUUCGCAGCUAGAGGAGAAACCAUCAUUACAGCUGCCAGAGAAGGAGAUUUUGGAGAUACAGGACAAGACGAUGUCACAGCUACAGGAAAACAUGAUGUCACAGCUGACGGAGAAGAUGAUGUCACAGCUACAGGAAAACAUGAUGUCACAGCUGAUGGAGAAGAUGAUGUCACAGCUGAUGGAGAAGAUGAUGUCACAGCUGAUGGAGAAGAUGAUGUCACAGCUGAUGGAGAAAAUGCCACAACUACAGGAAAACAUGAUGUCACAGCUGACAGAGAAGAUAAUGUCACAGCUGAUGGAAAACAUGAUGUCACAGCUGAUGGAGGAGAUGAUGUCACAGCUGACAGGAGAAGAUAAUGUCACAGCUGACGGAGAAGAUGAUGUCACAGCAGAUGGAGAAAUGCCACAGCUACAGCAAAAGCUACUGGAGAAGAUGAUGUCGUGAUGAUGACAUGCUACAUCUCUUUUACAUCUUUUUUUCUACAAAAUAAACAACACAAAAUCCCUACUGUCAAAUAAACACA